AUGACAAAAAACACAGAAUUAUUUAAAGAUAAAGUGGCAAUCAUCACUGGCGCUGGUGGUGGACUUGGGAGAUGCUACGCACGCCUCCUCGCACAGCACGGUGCUAAAGUCGUCGUCAACGAUGUAUCUCUCGACGCAGCUGACAAGGUUGUCGCGGAGAUUAAGCAGACCGGUGGAGUGGCUAUAGCCGAUUCACACUCAGUGACAGAUGGCGCGAACGUUAUCCAGUCUGCGCUGUCUGCGUUUGGUACUCUGCACAUACUUAUCAAUAACGCUGGCAUCCUCAGAGACCGCUCAUUCGCCAAAAUGUCAGAUAAAGAAUGGGACCAGGUCAUCGAUAUCCACCUCACAGGCUCUUUCUCCUGCUCUAAAGCUGCUUGGCCUGUCUUUAGGAAGCAGAAGUUUGGCCGUAUCAUUAAUACAGCCUCAGCCGCUGGUUUAUACGGUAACAGAGGCCAAGCUAACUAUAGCGCUGCUAAAAUGGGUCUCACCGCAUUCUCCAAGACUUUGGCCAUCGAAGGCGCGAAAUACAACAUUCGUGCUAAUACAGUCGUCCCAAUGGCCAAAAGCGCAAUGACUGAAACAGUCCUUCCAGUUGAUAUUCUUGAAAAGUUGCUGCCUGAGGCUGUCGCACCUUUCGUAGCGUUCCUUUGCUUGCCCGAUGAAGCAGGCUCGCCCGAAUCAGGGCCUAUAACAGGGAGAGUCUUUGAAGUUGGUGCGGGUUACUGCACUGAAUUGCGCUGGGAGCGUGCUAAAGGCCACAUCUUCAAGCCAGAUGACUCAUUCACGCCGUCGGCUGUCAAGGCACAAUGGCACAACGUCAUGGAUUUCAACCAAGGCAGAGAAUACCCAAAGCGUGUCGAAGAUUCCCACGGCAAGAUAGAGGAAGUAACUAAAAUGUCUCCUAAGAUGCCCUCAAACACACAAGCAGAACCUGCAGUGCGUUUCGACAAACAGACUGUCAUUAUUACUGGCAGUGGGGCUGGUCUCGGACGCAUCUACGCGCUCAUGUUUGCCAGUCUGGGUGGGAAUGUCGUUGUGAAUGAUGUCUCAGAGCAAGCAGCUCAGGGGGUAGUCAACGAAAUUAAGGGUGGUGGGAAGGGCGAUGCGGUUGCUGUUGUUACGAGUGCUGAAGAUGGUGAUGCACUCGUCAACGCUGCUAUCAACUCGUUCGGCAGGAUCGACGCACUCGUAGCUAACGCUGGUAUUCUGCGCGAUAAGAGUUUCGCAGGCAUGACCAAACCUGAAUGGGAUGCAGUCCUCGCUGUUCAUCUAAGAGGUACUUAUAAGGUUUCAAUUAAGGCCGUUUACCCGCUUUUCCAGAAACAAGGUUAUGGGCGUAUCGUCACUACGGCAUCAGGUGUCUCGCUGCAUGGUAACUUUGGACAGGCUAACUACUCCUCGGCCAAAGCUGCGAUUAUAGGCCUCACUCGCUCCGUUGCUAUCGAGGGUGAGAAGUACGGUAUUCUCGCGAAUGCGAUAGUCCCGACGGCGGGAACUGCGAUGACAGCGACAGUAUGGCCAGAGGAGAUGAUAAAAAUCUUCAAGCCCGAUUACGUUGCGCCGAUAGUCGGCUAUCUCGUCUCGAAAGACAACGGGGAUACGGGGCUAGUGGUGGAAGUUGCGGCGGGAUGGUCAGCUGCCAUACGUUACCAGAGAGGCGGCGGGCAUCGCUUCGACGGGGCGAGAUACGCGCCCGAGGAUGUCGCGAUGAAUUGGAAGCGUAUUGCAGGGUUUGAAGAUGGCAGGGCACAUUACCCGACGUCGACAGCUGACUCACUGAUGAAGUUCCUCGAGAGUGCCAAGGAAGCGAAGCUGUGA